AUGGCCAAGGAAAAUUCUACAGUAGUCACAGAGUUCUUCCUUUUAGGACUGACAGAUCGUGAAGAAUUGAAAUUGAUUCUUUUUAUAUUUUUCCUAAUCAUCUAUAUCAUUUCUUUGAUGGGGAAUCUUGGCAUGAUUGUAUUAAUUCAAAUCACCCCUAAACUUCACACUCCUAUGUACUUUUUCCUCACUUGUCUCUCAUUUGUUGAUGCUUGUUAUUCUUCUGUUGCUGGACCAAAAAUGCUGUGGCAUUUCAUUGUGGAGAAGGCAACCAUAUCAUUCACUGCUUGUAUGCUACAAUAUUUUUUACUUGCAACCUUUAUUACUACAGAGGGAUUUUUCCUAGCAGUAAUGGCAUAUGACCGGUAUGUGGCAAUUGCUAAGCCACUUCUUUACAUGGUAGCCAUGACUAAAAGAGUGUGUAUCAUGUUGGUCAUUGGAUCAUGUAUAGGAGGCUUGUUUAAUUCACUCACACACACAAUUGGCUUAGUCCAAUUAACAUUCUGUGGGCCAAAUGUCAUCAGUCAUUUCUUCUGUGACUUACCACCACUGCUGAAGCUCUCUUGCUCUGAUACUUCCCUAAAUGAAUUGUUGGUUAUAAUAUACACAGGAGUAAUUUCCAUCAUCACUCUCUUGACUGUAAUAAUUUCCUAUAUCUUCAUUGUUGUUGCCAUUUUUAGAAUCCGCUCAGCAGCUGGAAUGCGUAAAGCCUUCUCUACAUGUGCUUCCCAUUUGACAGCUGUAACAUUGUUCUAUGGCUCCAUAAGCUUUAACUACAUUCAACCAAGCUCCAAGUAUUCCCUGGAACAAGAGAAAGUGGUCUCUGUAUUUUAUAUAAUGGUGAUCCCAAUGCUAAACCCAUUGAUCUAUAGUCUAAGGAACAAAGAGGUCCAGGAUGCUGUAAAAAAAGUAAUAGAAUUAAAAACAUCAUUUUCUUAA